UCAGUACCAGUACCUAAAGGUCUUCCUCCCCCACCUCCCCCUGUUCAACCUCCACCAGCUCCUCCCUUAGCUUUUCUCAAGAACAAACAGCCUGUAUCCAAACCCAUUACUUCCCAGGAAAAUAAAAGCACAGUAUCAAGAACCUUGGUGACCUUGGAGGAUCUUAAGAAAGUCAAGCUGAAGAAAGUUAAACAGGCUGAUGAGAAAGACAAAGAAAACACAGAGCCUGAGUCCAAAAAGAUUGGGUUCAAGUUGAACAAAUCUGAUAAACAAAAUGACAAGCACUGUCUGGUAACUCUGAGGGAUUUGAAGAGUGUGAGAUUGAAGAAAAACAAGGAAGAUGACAGUCUGGAAAAAAUAAGAUUACGAACUCCUGAAGAAAUGGUAGUCAUGAGAAGAAGUCUACGCAAAGUGAAUAUUAGUCGUAGUCCAGGUGGGACUCCUGUGGUAUCUGAUAAAGCUCUUGAGCAUGGAACUGGUCUCACACCAAUGAUGACUAGAGCACUGAGAAAGAAAUUCCAGCAUGCACACCCUUACUCUUCACCUGAUUCGCCAUCAAAGAGACAGAGUUUGUCUCCAAUGACCAUCAGAUCACCAAAGGCACAGAAAGUUUUAUCUCCUUUGUCCUUCAGAUGAAGUAAUUGUUGUUUUAUUUAAAUUAUUAGCUUUACAAAAGGGGGCUUGGUUAAUUUCCUAGGCUCAGUUGUUCAAAGGGCAGAUAACACCAUCCACCAGAUAAAUCCCUAUCUAAUGACAAAGUGUUAACAAAAUAUACUGCAUUAUCCACCACAAUGAGAUUAAGUGGAUGGUGUUAUCCGCAACUGGGACCUGGCAUGGCUAUAACCAUGAUAUUUCUCAGCAAUAUAAGGGAAAAGAAUUAAACACUUAUUUAAUUGAGUUUUAAUACCAUAACAUGCAGUUAAAUUUCUAUCACUAAUGAUCAUUAGUUUAUGUUAUGAUCACAGAUCAUAUAGUAUUAUUCAUGCUGGUCAAAGUUGACAACUUUUGGGGAAUGAUGUCAAAGGUGAAAGCUCUAAUAGCACACUAGCUCUUAAUUUGGUUUAAAGUUCUAUUUUUAUUCUAUGAUUUUCCAUUCUGGCAAAGUUUCAAAACUCUUUUAUUUUUAUUGCAUUAACACAUAUUAUUCCAUCACUGUAGACAAUUUUAAUUACCUUUUUUUUGGCUCCUAAACAAGGUGUUUAUAGCCUUUAAUUCAAGAUAACUGAUUUUAAUAGGCAGGCCAGGGCUAUUGAUUAAGAUUCAAAUGGAUAAGGACACGUGUUUCUCUUGCUUAAAAUAAGUACAAUUUGAAGCUUCUUUUUUUUUAUGUUAACUAAUUUUGUUUAAAUUACAAUAGGCCAUUUUACAGUUGUGUACUUAGUU